AUGUUCCAGGUCAACCCUAAGGCCUCGUUUAGGCCAGCUGCUUCCGACAAAGAUGAUAGCGAUGACAGCAUCUCCGUGACAUCAACAGUUUCACUUCAUGACCCCGACCAAGAGUACGUCGUUGAGGCUAUCCUGGCUGAGCGGCAGCAUACAAAUGGGACAAUGUACUACCUAAUUAAGUGGGAAGACUACCCACUCCACGAAAGCACAUGGGAACCCGAAUCGAAUCUCGGCCCCGAACUCAAGGCCCUUUGGGAAGAGGAAAAAGCGAAGCAUGCCACCGGCGAAUUGGAGCCGUUCGAUAUCCGGAUAUUCGAGGAAGCGCAGAAGCAGGCAAGGAAAGAAAAGCUAGAGCGUCAUCACCGCCGAAACCGAAAACGGAAAAGAUUGGGGUUGCCACUGACGUCUCCUUUCAACACGGAUUCAAGUGACGAGGAAGCUGAGGAAGAAAGCGGAAUUGAGACUUCCGGUGCUGAUGAGCCUGUGAAGGAGGCGCUACGUCAGAGUCAACAAAGAGCUCGUAAACGGGCACCGAGCCCCAAGCCUGCAAGCGUCUCAGCCGCAGGGCCGCUGAUUGGCAGCUCCCGACGACUCAGCGAAGGGGGCCGACCCAGCUCCGUUGUCUGGGAGGCGCAGACAGACUUGUCGUCGGCAGUCCCCGAAAGGAGGCAACCAGUGCCCUCGCGGACUGGUUACCAGGGGUCAAGUAACAAGUCAGCGAGCACAGCUACUCCGGAUACGGCGCCGAAAUCAAACGGCAGACCUGCCAUUGCCCUUGCAACCACGACGGCACCCCCGCCUAGACCGUCUGGUACCAGUUCUCGCAAGACUUUCACAGCCAAGAAAAGCGCGGCACAACCAACGGGUAAUAUCUUUACGAGCGGCAAGACAAGAAAACCCCGGGCUAGCCUGAAAGACUCAAUGUCGGAUCCCACAAAGGACCCAAAAUUGUUCCGCAAGCAUCGCCAGCGUUGGCAGGCCUACAAGAGGAGUAGGGAUAAAGAAGAUCUCCCUCCACUCGAUGUCUCAAGAUUAGAACUUUAUGACCUGCGCAGAACACAAAGUCUUAGCGCACAAAGCCCGGGAGGUUUUGCCAUGAGCCCUGCCAGGGUACUACCCUCGCAGCAGGAAAACGAUCAUGGUCCGCCGUUAGGACAUUCGCAAGCACUCACAGCCACCAUCGACGACCCGAUGCCGGCAGUUCCAGGCGCAGAGGCGGCACACCAGAAAAAGAAACGGAAGUCUGUCCGUUUUCAGGUCUCGGACGACUCCGAGAAUCUAUACGCUUUCGUCCAAGAAUCCGAACAGGCAGACCAUGACAGCCCAGUCGCCCAAGGACGUUCGAAACCAUCUCCACUUCCUUGUCAACUACAGGAACCCGGCUCGGACGGGUCGGCACCCGUCCCAGACAGCCAGGAUUCAGACAAAACAUUAGUGCUCGGCAAACUCUUGGUCGAAGCUACCUUCACUGGCCUCCCUCGAGAAUCGUCAAGCGAACUUUCGUGGCUCCCGGACUUCCUUGCGAGGAAGACGCUAGACUUUAGCCAUACCUGCUUCUCUGGCAACGCUGCUGCUAAGUUCAACUCCCUACUUAAGGAUCGGUUGGCAAGUGGAACAAUCACGUCGAAGGACACAGAUCAAGCCAUAAUAGCUCGUGUGGCCGACAACUUGACAGUCCGUUUGUUGGCGCUUUACUAUGGCCAAACAGAGUACAAUGUCCUGGUUUAUCCGACAAAAUGCGACGAGUGGAAAUCAAUAUUGUCCGGUCUUGUGCCUGCAGGUCCAUCCGAGGCGAUGCUAGGAUAUCUCAUAUUCGCCUCGCCUGAAGAUUGCCGACGCAUGUUACCGUCGCCGAUCCCUUCUCUGCAAUUUCAAUCGCAAAUAAUUGAGCAGCCGAGGCCGAACGCCGGCGUUCAGAACGGCCUCUCUGCGCGGGAGCUGCUACUCAAGCGCCUUUUUGAUUUUGACUACAACAAGCUUCUCCCGACAGUGCUUUUAGAGAGGCCGCUUGCUGAGCAUUACUUCUUCCUAGCGAUCCCGAAAACGAGGAAGGAGAUUGAAUAUACACUCUGUCACUGGCUCCGCGCACGAAAUCCAAAGUGCCAGAUCUUCACAAGCCAACAGUCAGGGGGCUGGGACGCCUUUCGAUCUGUUGUUGAAACCAUACCUGGCGUGGUCAUCAUCCACGAGAUGCUGGCGUGGAGCCUGCGCCGGUUUCCAAAUCUCGCUCGGUAUCUUGUGAGCAGGAAUGACGAAUAUUGGUGUAUCUCUGAGCCCGUCGAUGGUCUACCGCUUUACCCAUCCAUAUCGGUGGCCCAGUGCCCGGCACCUCCGGGGGAUGUGCGGCUUACACGACUCUUUCCGUAUCGUACCGUAUUCCUUCUCACGCCUAGCUUCCUAGUGUCCGAACCCCGGCGCUCGCUCGAGUUCUUCGAGUGGUUCACGAGCCAAUGGGUUGGGAAAUUUGCCUACCGACUGGUCACUGCCUACAAUAUUCACGAAUAUCUGUCAGAGUUGGCCGAAGACAAGUAUCGGGCUCGGGAGGAGAUGCUGAAAUGCCCAGGCAACACACAGCCCGAUAUUGAGGCGAAUCUCAGGGGCUUGACGAGGGACGACUGCAGCUGCAGAUACGCAGUCGCUAACAUGGCCGCCGACCUGCAUCUUACGAGAUUGCUACACGCCGGCGCUGAGGCGCAAGACGAGGACAAUAGCUCACUAAUAUAUGCUGACCCGUCAAUCGAUCCGAACGAUGAGCAGAGUUUGGUCAAUUGGUUUGGCUGGUGGGCAACGUUGCGAGCCGAUCAGUUCCGCAAAUUCCACGUUAUCGGCUCGAGCCAGUCAAUGAAGCUACAUGGGUGCGGGAGGGGAGAACGGUUCGUCCGCAUCCCCAAGUAUUCCAAGGUCACGCUGAACGAUCCCGAUGCGGUUUUGGAAGUUGUUCAAGAAAUGAACGACCAGGCCGACACAGCAAAAGCUAGCACGCAUAACCAUGACGAGUCAAGCCUGCAAAUGCCCUCCGACCGUGUUAGCAGGCCGAGGUUCAGAGACGGCCCGUGGUCGUUCCGAAGCAAUCUCAUCCGGACGGAGGAUAGCGAGUGCUUUGCUGACUACCUUAGCAGCCUGACUAGAUUGCCUGGCGGCAAGUCGCUAUGGGGACUGUACAAGUUUCCUGUCUCCUGGUUCGACUUGGAAAUGGCGACGCAUUUUGGGGACUUUUCUGCGAGGUAUUCCCGAAUCCACGACUGGUUUAAGUUCACCUUCCCGUUUGGCAGGUCCGCAACGGAUUCCGCAGCUCAGAAAUGGGGGGAGAAAUACAACACCUACGUUGGCUUUUUCUAUACCAUCAUCGACAGGGAGUGGGACUAUCCCGACGUUGUGCCUCCGCAGAAACCACUGGAGCGCCACCCCUGGAUCGCCGUCUACCGGCCUGUCAACCCCCACAGGACACCAUACACACGGUGUGAGGUCAUCAUAUGGGACCCGGCCGCGAGGACCAGGUACCCGAACGGGCAGGCGCCGGCGGAGAAGGACCUCAUCUUCAUGCAGCGGCAACUGAUUCAGCACGUUCGCUACCACUGUGACGAGAAGAAUCACGGCACAUGGCUCGACCAGGCAAGAGGGUGGAAACGGGUAGCCCUUGGCCCUCCCUUCGACCCUUCGCCAGAACCCUCAAGACAGCAAUCCGACUCCCGCUCCUUCCCGUCUGAUAACACAAGCGACACCGACUCCUCGAGCCUUUUUGUCGAUCAGCACCAUCACCAGACGAAUGACGAACACUUCGCUAUGGACCUCGCCGAUGUCCGACCAUCAAUCAGCGGCAACGGCGGCAAAGCAAACUCAGAAGAAGGGGAGGACGCCGAGAUCGACCUGGCCGAGUACGACGAUGAGCAAAUCCGGGUCAUCUUCCACCCACCACGUGGCAACAACCACAGCCAGAGCCGCCUCCGCAACGCCUGUUCCUCCCGUGGCGCCCCGCCGUUCCGAUCAAGGUGUAUCAACCGCCUGUAUGAGGAAGCCAGGCUCGCGAGGGCGCGCAACGGCGGCGGCGGCGGCGGCGGGGACGGCGACGAAGGCGUCACGCACAUGCGGUAUACGUUCGUGCCAACCCUGGACUGGUACCGCGAACAGCAGGCCGAAGGCCGCGGGUUUGCGCACGUCAACGUCGAUUCGUGGGAAGGGAUCUUUGGCCUGUUGAAGAUUGGUAACGGAGGGAGUAAGGGUAAAGGAGCUGGGGGUGGGAGUGCGACUGCGACUGCGACGGCGACUGCGAGCGGAGGUGGGGGCAAAAGCAGCAGUCGCGGCGAUGCGGGCGUGGAUGGGGCCAGCACUCGGACUCGUGGAGGCGCGGACUCAGGUUGGGAGUCAGCCGGGUCUGGGUAG